AUGUCGAGUGCUCAGGGGGCCGCUGCCGCUCGUGCUGCUGAAGAGCGCAGUCGGGCAGCCUCUCAAAGUCAACAAGCUCAUUUAAAUGCGGAUGGAUUUGACAGCAAUAGCUUCAAGCUCAAAGUGGGCAGAAACGCACUUCGUGUCUGGCUGCCUGUAGCAUCGCUGACGAGAGCCUCGUUCCCUUCAUCACCACCGAAAGGUCAAACGGGUGCUCGAUAAGGAGAUCAGCGCCAAUGCCUCUGCUCAUGUCACGUCGCGAUGUCUAAGGGUGAGUGUGCUAGAGUCCUGAAGACCGUUGCACCAAGACUGAUUCUCUCGUCUUUCGAAGCUCAUGCACGCUCUGCUGCACAACGUUGAGCAGCAUCCUCAAGAAGCAAAGUAUCGUUCAUUCAAGUCUGCUCAGCCCAAGAUUCACAAAGAGGUGCUCUGCGUGACUGGGGCGAAGGAGCUGCUCCAUCUAGCUGGAUGGAAUACCCGCGUGCGGGACUUCACAGAAGAAUGGGCCUUUGAUGAGAAGUUCAGGCCCGGCACAGCUGCGUGGUCGAGGUUGAAAUUGGUUGUGCAGUGCCUUGAUGAGCAUGCGAGAAGUUUGGAGGAGACGGCAGAAAGGAUCAAGGGCAUGCAAGAGCGAGAAGCACAAGCUGAGAAGUCUAGAAAGGUCAGUGAUCACGAGGAUGCUGCUGAUUUGCAUCAAACUGAUUCAUCAACAACAUCUUCGGACGCACCGAUUCUCUCACUUGGCCCAUGUUGGCUCUUCAGGCGCUGGCUAUGUCGCAAGCUGAAGAGGAUCGCGAGCGUGUACGACGGCGCGUUGAGAGAGAGCGCAUUGCACGCGAAGCGAAGGCAAAGAGCGAGCUAGCACAGCGUGAAGCCGGGCCGAUCCAGUCUCCGUCUGUAUCGACUGCGCAAGGGCAGAGUCCAAGAACAGGUUCCGCAAAGCCCAUCGAAGAAGAGGCAACAGAUGCAGAAGAUGAUUACAUUGAAGUUCCUGGGCACUUCUCAGAGCUCAGUGGUGGGCAACGACUUGGCGCGAAAGACGGAGCCUGA